CUUCCAGCAGCAGCAUCAUCAGCCGCCGCCGCCGCCGCCGCGCUUCCACUUUGUCUUGAGCCCUGCCCUCAACGACGACUCGCGGGCCGGCAGCACAGCACGUAUAGCUAUGGAAGGAAACGGUGGCGCGGGCGGCGGUAGCGGAAGCGCGGCACCGCCCUGGGAUCUCGCCAUGCACUGGGCACCCGCCGUAGUGUCGUCCUACCCGCCGCAGCCCUUGGAGCUGCAGCAGCAGGAGCUUACCUGCCUCAAGCUGGGGAAGCGGCCCGCCUGCUGCUGGGCAGGGGCGCCGGGCAACCAAGCGGCGCAGGUCCACGGCAAUGGCGGCGCUGGUGGCGCAGCUGCUGAGGGUAAGAGGAAGGACAAGGCGCCUGCCGCGGCGGCCGUGACGAGGUGCCAGGUGGAGGGGUGCCACCUGUCGCUGGCGGACGCCAAGGAGUACCACCGGCGGCACAAGGUGUGCGAGGCGCACUCCAAGGCGCCCCGGGUCGUCGUCCUCGGCGCCGAGCAGCGCUUCUGCCAGCAGUGCAGCCGGUUCCACGCGAUCUCGGAGUUCGACGACGCGAAGCGGAGCUGCCGACGGCGUCUGGCCGGGCACAACGAGCGGCGGCGGAAGAGCAACGCCAGCGAGGCCAUGGCAAGAGGCGUCGCGCACCCACACGGAGUGACGGCUUUCGGCCACGGCGGCUUCCUGCCCUCGCGCGGCCUCGUCCCCGCAGGGUCGUCCCCGGCGGCGGCUGGUGCUCUCUCUCUUCUGUCAUCGGCCAGAGGCAGCGUGGCGGGCGCCAGCGGGCCCUGGCUGGUCACGGCGGCGCGGGAGGACAUCCCGGCGCGCUCCAGCGCGGCGCUCGACGACCUUAUCGCCGAGAACCGCGCCGCCGCGCUCCUCGCGCGGCAGUACUUCGUCUCCGACCGCUCGCCGGCGCCCAGACGGGAUUUCGUCGCCUCUUCGACGGCGGGUUGCUCCCUCCAGCAGCAGCAGCACCCGCCCGACCACGACCACACAGCCGGCUGGCACCCGCACCCCCACCCCUACAGUGGCGGUGGCGGUGGCAGCUGUGGUGGUCGGUACCAGUACCACCACGUGGCGCCGCCGAGCGCGUGGCACGCGACGACGCUGGACCUUAUGCAGCCGACAGCAAGCACCACCGCCGCUCCCGCCACCGCCGGCGCAGCGUUGUGGCCAGCAGUGCCGGAGAGGGCGGGCGCGAGGUCGUCUCGCUCUCGCAGCGAGACCAAGGAUGGCGACGCGUCGGGAUGUAGCGGCUUGGACGCGUGGGCGCCCACUGGUGGAGCUCGUGUGCUGUGAUCGCCACGCGAUCGACGAGCGUGACGGCCAUUAUAUAUGUUGCGCCUGUAGUGGUCGAUCGGGUGUUGCGUGGUGCCUGAUGUCCCAAAAGGGAUGUGUAAUCCAAUGUACUUCGGGAUGUGCUUUUUU